AUGUCAGACAAGCUCAUGGAUACCGAGCCCGGCGGCGAGCGCCAGAACCAGUACGAGGGCGUGCACACCUUUGUCGAGCCUCACGCAAAGCAAGCUGGUCAAUUAGGCGACCCCUCAGAAGGCACCUCAGUCCAUACUAAGACCUCCGACCCCGGCGCGCCAAACACCCAAGGCAUUACACCUGCAGAUAAGAUUCGAUACGGACAAAGUAUCCAAGAAGGCGGCAUGGGCGGUAAGACGACAAGUUCAACAGGAGAGGCGAACACUGAAGGCGGAUUCGGCGGUACUGAAGCGUUGAACGAGGACGAUGAGAAUGCGGCCAAGCAGAGGAGAGCGCAGGGUUACGGUGGAAAGAAGGAUAUGGAUCGGACUAUUGGCGCAUAG